UGAGAAAUAGGGCGUUGUGGCAGCUCCUCCAUCCAUUCGCAGAGAAAACCCCUUUCUUAAAGACGCAGGCAACAUACUGUCCCUUGAGAACAGGAAAAAAAACGUUUUCUGACUUGGUCAGAGUGAACUACGUGCUUUAUAACGCAUACUUUUUGCAGGACACACGCAGAAAUCGGAGGUGAGGAGUGAUUGUGGGCAUCGGCGAGAUACAGUCCGUGGUGUCGCAGGAUAUAGUGGAUGAUGGCCAAACUGUUCCGAGCUGUGAUCAUGGGUCCACCAGGCUCUGGGAAGGGGACCAUUUCCGAAAGAAUUGCGCAGAGCUUUGGCCUCAAGCAUCUGUCCAGUGGCGACUUUCUUCGGGAGAAUAUAGCUGCAAACACAGAGGCUGGUGUUCUAGCUAAGACCUACAUAGAGAGGGGUCUGAUGGUGCCGGACCAUGUGAUGACACGGCUCCUACUGCCCAGGCUGGAGGAGAUGACCUGCCACAGCUGGCUGAUGGAUGGGUUUCCCUGUACCCUAGCCCAGGCCAAGGCUCUGAACAGUACCUGUGACCUGGACCUGGUCAUCAGCCUCAACAUCCCUUAUGAGACCCUGAAGGACAGGCUGAGUGACCGCUGGAUCCACCCAGCCAGCGGCAGGGUCUACAACAUGGGCUUCAACCCUCCACGCGUACAGGGCAGGGAUGACCUCAGCGGAGAGCCUCUGAUCCAGCAUGAUGAUGACCAACCAGAGGCUCUAGUGGCCAGACUGAGGCACUACAAGGACGUGGCCAAGCCAGUCAUAGACCUGUACAAGUCAAAGGGCAUCCUGCACAUGUUCUCUGGCACAGAGACCGACAGGAUCUGGCCUUACAUCAACUCUCUUCUCAGCACUAAGAUCCCUAGCAGACCUGAGACAGACACACAGCACAUCCCACUGCCCUGAGGAGAGCAGAGGUGACACAGUAGAAGCUCAGGCCGUGCACAGGAGCUGUUAGGAGCCACUUUAGCUUGGCAGUUGGUACCAAAACAUGUCUGCAAAUACAAUCCUAUGCACUACAUAGAUCAGGGGGCCACAGCUCCGGUCCUCAAGGGCUACAGUGUACGGUUUUCGUCCUUACCUUUUAACCAGAGACUGAUUUCCACUCUCCAGAUAAUAAGUUUGAAGCCGCAGGGAGAAAUGGAAAUCAGCAGAACUGCAGAACUUGAGAGCCUGAGUUGUGCAACCCUAAGUAUGCCUUUAAUAGCGGGACAUGCAUAAAGAUGGCGGCCCCAAUGUACUUGCCACAAACGCCUAAUUUGCUUUAGUUCGCCGUAUUAUACAGUGCUUUCCAUUACUCUUGUUUUGUGUAAUGGAAAGCACUGUAUAAUACAGUGUCGUAGUUUAAAAACUCGUCAUAACUGAAUUCCUCCAUCUUUAUGCACCUUCACCAUUACUCUUACAUUCGUAUUACUCUAACAUUCACAUAGGUAGCCUAGCAGUUAGAGCGUUGGGCCAGUAACCCAAAGGUUGCUUGUUUGAAUCCCUGAGCCAACACAGUGAA